AUGCGGGAAGAGAGACACAGGUAUGCACAGAGAGAAAGGAGAAUCACGUUGAUUAAACACAAACAAACCAAAAAUGAUAUAAAUUAUCAAAGCUUUUCAUUGUCCAAUGAUGAAAACGAUUUCGUGUAUUCGGCAACCAUCCUUGUAAAUAUCCUGCUUAAGACAUAUUUUGAGUCAAAGAUCACGAUACAUCAUCAGGCUCAGGAACAACAGCAAUGCGGUAUCAACGAAACAAAAAACGUCUUUAGCCCUGAAAGCAGCAACCCGUUGAUCAAUGAUCCAUUGGACGUAGCGAAGAUGGAAAAUGCUGAAGUAAUGAUGACCGAGGAAACAAUACUUCGAUGCACCUUCUGCGGCGACGUAUUCGUGGACGAGCACGCUUUAGUUUUACAUCUACAAAGUCACGAACAGGUACCGGACGAAUCGUUCGUUUGCGAGCACUGUGGUUGCAAUUAUCCAACGUCAUUGGCUCUGAUAGAACAUCAGGAGGAACACGCGAUACCGGAAAAGAAUUAUAGUUGCGAAUCUUGCGAUUACGUCACUUUACAUCGACCCAGUCUCGUUAUUCAUCAAAAACGUCAUGGCACUCAGUUAAGGUAUCAAUGCGAGAUUUGUGGCCUUGGUUUCACGACACGUAAUAGUUAUCAAGAUCAUCAGCUUUUGCAUUCUCGCGAAAAACCGUUCCAAUGUGAAAUUUGUAACGCCACAUUUCGCUAUCGUCAGGGUCUUAGAUUACACGCUAAACUACAUCAACCUGAUUACGUUCCACCUCAGAAGAAACAUCAUUGCGAAUUGUGUAACAAGCGUUUCUCUAGGAAACAAGUAUUAUUGGUGCAUAUGAAGACUCAUGGUAACGUAGGACCGUCCAAUGAAUACGUCUGUCCUAUCUGUGGUAAAGCUGUCUCUAGUAAAACUUAUUUGACGGUACACUUGCGUAAACAUACCGGUGAGAAACCACACGUUUGUGAUCUUUGUGGAAAAGGUUUUAUAUCGCAGAACUAUUUGAGUGUUCAUCGACGCACGCAUACAGGCGAACGACCUCACAAGUGUACACACUGCGAGAAAAGAUUCACGCAACGUACCACUUUGGUCGUACACUUGCGUGGACAUACCGGAGAUAGACCGUAUCCUUGCACUUAUUGUCACAAAUCUUUUGCCUCGAAGACCAUGUUGAAUUCCCAUUUGAAGACUCACGCUAAACAAAAUGCACGGCAACAACAGGAACAGCAACGAAGGGAAUUGCAACAGCAACAGUAUCAACAACAACUUCAACAACACGAGCAACAGCAAGUUCUGGAUACUGUAACGAUUUUGUUGCCGAGUUAAAAGAACGCUAAACGUUUGGCUCGAAAUGUUGUCUCGUAAAAAUGAUUAGAUAGAAUUUCAUUGUCUAAGCUUUCUCUUAUUUUAACGUUAUUUUUCUUUGAAUCGUUACAUGUUGAAAACGUAAAUUUAUUCGUCGGAUUUUCACUGUAGGGACCACUUGAAAGUAUAGUAUUUGAUACUGAUACUAAAUAAGUUUAAAACGUAAUGUUAUGUAUUUAUAUUUAUUGUAUUUUAUUUUAAAUUAUUUAAAAAAAAAAAAAAAAAAAAAAGCAGCAACAAUUUUUACGUGCUAUGAGAAUCUUUAAGAAAAAAGAUAAGUAGUAAUCUAUGUGAUGAUUAUCAUGAAGUCUAUCCAAGUUAUUGCCUUUUGUUUUAUUGAAGAUUAUUUAUUGUAUUUCUUAUUCCGAUUAAGAAAAUAAUUUUGACUUGAUGUUAACUUGGCCUAUUCCAAGUGUUGAGCCGUCCAUAUUGUCUUUAACUUUUAAUUAUACAGUAUUUACCUUUAAUACUCAAUUUUGCUUCUAGUUAUCAUAUUAGAUUUAGAAUCAUGUGUACUCGUAUUUCGUUCCUACUUCCAUAGCUAUUAAUCAAUUACUUCGAAGCCACUUUUUCUAUUCGAUCAUCAAUAGGAAUGUUUGUCGAAUAAAUUUUUCUUUUGAAAAAUGAAAAAUUAUAGUGCCUUACGAUCGAGAAUAUUUAUAUUUCUAACGUCGUACGUUUUAAAAUGCACGGAUAGAUUUAAAUUAAUAAUAAUAUUUAUUUUUAUUUGGCUGAUAAGUUCAAUCGAUUGAAAUUCGUUAAUAAUUAUUAAUAAUAAUAAUAAUGGAAAUAAUAUUCAUUACUUGAGAGCUAUUUAAACAUUUAUUCUAAUCUCAAAUUACGCAAAAUUUCGAAGUGGCGAAAAAAGAAAAACUAGUAGAAAAAUUUUUUUCCACAAAUAGAAAUAUAUAUUUAUUCAUAUAUAUUUUGUUAUACUAUAUGACCUGCUUUUAUGUAAAGAAGAUCAUAAAUAAAGUUACAUCCGUAUUCUUUUCUAUUAAAUAAUUAUAUACCAAAGAGAGAAAGUUCCUUAUCAAUUAAGAUUUGAUAAUAUUUUCGACGAUUGAAAGUAACAUGUUGUUUACAACAUUUACAACAAUUACAACGAUCAAACGAAUCCAUAUUAUUAUAGUCUCUCGAAGAAAUGGAAAUACUCUGAGAAGGAUUUAAGAUUCAUCGUCGACCGAAGACUAUUCAAACACGUCGAAGUAAGUAAUAAUACAAAUUGGAUAUUAAGGAUAAUAUACACUGGCCGAUAUAAUAAUUUAUCGAACUGAAUAAUUAUCUCGUUUGAAAUAUACAAGAAUUUUCAUUUUCUCGUUUUUACAGGCGGCAUCCAUCUGGUGAUAUUUUAAGGGAGGGGGGAGAGAGAGAGAGAGAGAGAAAUAAUAAAAUAAAUAAAAGUAACAUUUAAGGCAUCGUUAAGUCAAGUCA